AUGGAUUUGAUACAGAUUGGAAAGCACACAAAGACGCUGCUGCUUCAACAAGCCAAGAUACGUCACAGCCAGCCCAAAUCUGUCAAGGGACACGCUGCAGAGGGCAAGGGAGACCAUCCUUGUUUAGAAUGCCAAUCAAAGAGGAUGGGAGCAUGUCGACCCAAACAAAUGAGCGUGAUUAUAACAUCGGACACACCAUAUCCUGUUCUGUGUCUGUUUUUCAAGGAUGCAUGGAGCAUGUCUAAUGCAAGGAAAGGGGGAAGGGCGUUAGGUGUUGUUUUAGCCCCUCAAAAUGGUACUAUUCACAAAAUUUAG